AAACCCUGGGUUUUAGCGAGACAACAAAUAAUGUCAAUAUCUCCACUUACUUGAUUUCCGGCUUUGGGGCGGUACUUCUAAGUAAAUGAAAACUGCUUCGGUGGACAUUUGAAAGGUACGUUCUGAGAAGGCUAAACUACGCGGUUAAUUUCUUGUUGAGUCAGUAGCUUGGAUUUAUAAACACGUCGUUUUCGUAGGAGUGAAAACAAAAGGAAGUCUUGAAGUUGAAAAAAGUCUGAAAGCUUAAAAAUGAAGUCCAUCCUAUCAUUCAUUGCUUUGGUUGCUUUCAUUCCGACUUUAAUGGCGAAGUCUGAUGACUCGCUGAACAGGAUGAAACGCAACAAGUUUAAGUUAUUUCUUAAAGCAUUUGCACCGUGUCCCACCAUCACAUUUCCAUGUUCUCGUAUUCCAAACGUCUGCAACAAUAUGCGAAACGCCAUUUCAAAGGGAAAACCUACAAUGUUAAACCGCGUCACAGACCCUAAGAUUAUAGCACAGAACAGAAGAAACUCUGGUUGUCCAAGAUUGCCAAAAGUACCGGGACAAAGUUGUGACGAAUAUCCUUUUGCAUCGAGCAGACAAGGUGGAGCGGGUGCUGUGAUCAUGAAUGUUCCUUCAAGAGAAAACAGCAUUCAGGGUGGAUUACUGGCUGGUUUUUAUCGUGCGCAGAAGAUCGGGGAUGGUGACUGUUACAAAGUUGCACUAGGUCCAUAAAUGACGGCUGAUUUUGUCGUCAGUUCUUUGCACUGAUGUUUCUCAACUAAUAAUUAUACAUGUAAUUCUUGCCGCCAAAGCAACGUAAUUAAUCAAUCUUUUCAACGAUUUUCCGCUAAA